GUUGUUACCCCCUCUCCGCCCCCGCCUCCCCCCCCCCCAACCCGGCAUGAAGCGGCUCCGGAGCGCAACGCCUCUAGUUGAAUUACCAGCAUCAGAUGCUGCAAUACAAAAAUCAAGCUACAAUGGAAAAAAUGGAAAAACACAGGCUAAGAAGUGGCUGCUGCAAGUCCAGAGUAUCUCUGAAAAAAGAGAUGCUCAGUGGCCAGCAGCAACUUUCAAUGAUGACCUUACUGCAGAGCACAAGGCCACUGUGCAAUGUAACACUUGACCAACAUUGGAAAGGAGGCAACAAUUUAACUGAGCAGGACAUAAAGUGUAAUUAAGGCCAGAAAGUGUGCAGAAAAGAUUCACAAUGAUGUUGCCUGGAUUGAUGAGCUUGAGAUUUAAGGAGAGAUUGGAAAGGCUGAGUCUGUUUUUGCUCGAGCAAAGCAGGAUGAAAGGUCACUUUUGUGGGAUUUUCUAGUUCAGCUGAAGAUGCCACUUCUGCUGGAAAGCAGGCACUUGCUGCUAAUGACCUGGAGCUUUCUGAUUGGCUGAGUUCACUACAGCUUUUCAAUUUAAAGAAUACUGAAAUUGCUCUUUUGAAUGAUUUGAAGAAACACUCCAGGACAAAAGAGAAAACUGUCAGCCAGGUGGUUUGCGUAAUGGUGCAUCCUCCAUCAUCCCUGUACUGCAAUGAUUCUGUAUUCUCCCUACUUAGCAAAUAUACAACAGGAAUUCAGUUUUCUUUGGAGUCCCACUCAACAUCAAAACAUCAGACUGACUCAUACCUUGUGGAGGAGGAUGACACCAAUCAGUCAGUAUCAUCCAUUGAGGAUGACUUUGUGACUGCUUUUGAACACUUGGAUGAAGAAGCAGUAACUGCAUUUGGAUCAGCAGGCUUUGAUCCAAGUACACCAAAACUCCAGCGAGAAGUUGCUCUUCAGACCUUUGCACUGGACUUCGCAGAGUUGCCAGUUCAUGCCGGCUCUUCCCCAAGCCCCAUUUUUCCUCCAUUGCUUGAUAAUUCAGCAUUUUUGGAACUGCCAACAUCUGCUAAAAGUUCUGUCGUAACAUUAAACUCAGGUCCUGGGAGGCAAAGGAGUUUUUACAAAUCUUGUAAUGCUCCUGAACCAAGAUCCAACAAUGGACUUAAAUCUGGGUCCUCUGUAUCCCUAUCAGAGUCUGAAGAUUCAGAAGGCUCAAGUCCAAGUCCAGUCAUCUUUCUGGAUGAAGAAGGCUACCAGAGGAGUCUGAAGGCUGAACUAAAAUUGCCCCAGAUCCCAAUACUCAAGGAUGACAUUGAGGAUUCCGACUCCGAAGUAAGUGAAUUCUUCGACAGCUUUGAUCAGUUUGAUGAACUAGACCAAAUAGUCAGUACGUAUACCACCCUGAAGGUAGGGUCUAGCCCUCAAAAUCCAUCUCAGAAAAACAAGCCUGCUGUAAAGCUAUGUUCUGACUCCUUACUGAAACAAUGCACUAAUGCAGUUGCUGCUAUGAACCCACAGAAGUUUGACCACCCAGUCCUUCCCGCUGAUGUGAAAAAACCCACUGCUCGAAAGGCAGAGUCUCCCUACAACAACCUGUCGGAUGUCCCGGAUUCACCUCGCCUACAACAUAGUUCAGGAGAAGAGAAUAGCCCCCUCUUCAGCCCCAUCCAUUCAUCAGCAUUCAGUCCCCUUGCAGCUCUGAGUGGGUCUGAGUGUUCAGGGAAGAUGCAGGCCAUCGGUACUGAAAUUGUUAAAGCACAAAACAACAGAGCACUUUCUGACAGUUACUCUCAAUAUGCAGGUGAUGUUUCGCACAACAUCAUCAGCUCUGUUUUCAGGUAUCCUCAUGCUGUUGGCUUUGAGCAUAAGAGGAUGACAGCUUGCCCUCAGGAUAGAUGUUGGUCAGAAAGAGUUGAAGAACAAAACACAACUGCUUCCAAUGAAAAUUCUGACAUGAAACUACCCACAGCUCAUCCUUCUGCCCAGCAGACUUAUUCGAACAAGUUCAGAGAUGGCAUUCAGCUAAUUGCUACAGAGCUAGUGGAGAGAAGUUUUAGCAGUGCCUUUAAGGACCUGCAGAAUGGUGUUUCUUCUUGCACCAGUGCCCUAUGCCACCUGGCUGCAAGGUUGACGUCCUCUGUCAUUCACAUGGCUUUGCAGGAGAUAGGAGCAAGACGAGCGUUCUUACAGAAGAAGAGUGCUAUUAAUGACUUAGCAGAUUAUUUGGUGGGCAGUGCAAUAGCUGGAGCACUGCGGGAACUGGAGUUCGUCAAGAAACAAAUCUUUAACAAUGCUGUUGCUCGAUUUGCAACUGAUCUUGCUGAGGAACUUAUUUUUGAGGGAAUCAUGGAGGUCUGUCAGUUCUCCCACCCAACAACGCCUACAUCAAUAACAAGCUGGUCACUCGAUGAUGAGGAAAAGAUUGUGAGCUCCUAUGCCAGAGAUCUGUCGGAGUCAGUCCUACAAGAGGCCUUCAUUGAAUUGUCUCAAGUGGAUGUGAGCUUCACAGCACAAGCUGCAAUUAGCAUUUCUGUGGACAAUAUUAAAAAUGUUGGUGGAAAAGAUGUAGUCCAGGCAAUGAAGACUGCUUAUGGCCCAAGUGAUAUCCAAGAAAGAAUGUUACUCCGAGAUCUUGCAGGGUGUUAUCCUAAUGCUACGGCAAGCAAUUCUGUUGAUGAUUCGAAUUUGACGGGAGAAGAGUAUACCAUACAGAAAGCUUUGAUUUGUGUUUCCAGUGUUGCAGGUGGUGUAUCUGUUCCUCGCGCUGCCAAGGCAUUUUCUGGCAAUUCUUUGGACUCCCCUCUGAAGUCAGGCAUUCAUCUUGUGUCAUCGAAGCUGAAUUCAGCACAAACUACAAACGCAGCUCCUGAGAGAUCCUGUUCAGGGAACAAUAAAAUGGAUGAGGUGCAAUCUGUGAACUGUAUGCCUCAGCGAAGGGAUUCUACAAGCCAUGUUACUUCUAGUGAGCAUGCUUCUGGUGACAACGCCUUUCAUUGCACUGAGGCAGCUAACACUGGCCAAGGAACAUUGCAGCAGAAUGGCGGCUUGGCCACUACUGAUGCUGCUGUCACAGUGCAGAACAAUGGGCAAACAGGAGCAAUGAUUGAUAUAGUGGUAAAUAAUCCUUUUGACUUGGUGACCCCACCUAAAGUUGAAUGUGUGGCAAAGGAUGUUACUUCUGAGUUAGGUGAAAAAACACUAAUUGAGCAUAUUACUGAUUUGCAAUUUACAACAGAGUUGACCGAAGGGAAUGUAAUGAAUUUAGUAGAUGAAGUAAAAACGAAAGUCUCAAGCUCUCAAGGGGUAUUUUGUUCAGGUCGGUUUGUAACUGGCAGUAAGGAAGUAUUUAUGAGACUUGGAGAGAUACCAGAGGGCCAGCUACAAGAUCAGUUAUCGGUUGAGAAAAUAGUUUUAUGUGGUCCAACUCAGUAUGCAUAUUCUCAGUCUCCAGACAUGUUGCGAACACCUCCUGUGUCGCCCACUGAAUUUAUUCCCAGUAAAGGCUUGACCAUUCCACAGCAUUUUGCACAGGAGCUUAAGGGUCACUUAGCAGAAGAGUUUCCUCCAUGUACUCCACCACCCAGUCCCACUGUGGUAUUCAAGAACUCAGAGGUAGAAAGUGUAGAUGGUUUGGGUGGCCCAGAACUUGCUCUUACUCUAAAGUCAUUGACUGCACAGCUUCAAGGUCACAUCUCAGCACCAACUUUCCAGACUUCUUUGGCCGAGAUCAGUGAACCAAGCAAAGAGAUAAGCACAGGUCUGCUGGGAAAGCAGCAGGUUGGGCUUAAUAAGGAUGGGCUAUUUCCAGAGGAAGGUCUUGCCAGUAUAGAAGGCAGCUCAAGUGGGUCUCCAGGAACACCACCACCAACCCCACAGCAAUCGACCCGUGAAAAAGGUCUGAAGAGUUUCACUCGGAAGCUUAAAGGGGAGCUGGCUAAAGAAUUCAUGCCUGUAACCCCACCGUCCACCCCACAUAACCAUUCCAUUCCAAACAUGGCAGGGUUGAGCCAAGACACUGAGGAAAAGGCUGAGUUUGUGCUGAAGCUCAUGAGGUCACUGUCUGAAGAGGUGCUGGAUAAUGACGAGGAUGAAAACUUUGACUUCAUAGAGGGGCAUGCAGAGGUGAGGGAGCAGGUAAGCCCAAGCCCCAGGCAGGGCACAAAGGUUUUGGAAAAGGAAGAGCUGAAGUUGGACAUCAAGAGGCAGGCUCUGCAGUAUUCCAAUCAGCUGGCCUCUGGCAUUGUUUCCAUGGCCACUGAAAUUGCAGCAAUUUGUGUGGAGGAUGCCAGGAAAUGUGAUGGCAAGGACCUUGUGUGCUUUGGGGUGUCACCCAGCCACCUACGGAAGGUAGCUGUUCGGAGUGACCUGCACAACAGACAUGCAGUUGCUGAAAGGAAUGCACCAGAAGAGACUGCACGUUCUUUGUUGAGUUAUGCAGGUAGGGUGGCGGGAGAGGUAAUUCGGGAUGCCAAGAAAGUCCUUAGUUCCAAGAAACAUAGAGUUAGAAAAUUCAAGAGGGACGACUGCCUGGCAGAAAGCAAUGAAUCCAGCUGUGGAGAGCAGGAUAGUGUAGGGAUUGAAGGGUUAAACACCAUGGCAGAUCAGUGGUCCCGAGAGCUUGUGGAUUCUGUGCUUCACUCUCCCCAAGGUGGACUUGUGUCCAAACAUUCAAGCUUUGAGAGCGUGACUGAUGAGUAUGCAGAAUACAUCAUGAGAAUGAUCAGCAGAGAAGCAGGAAAUGGUGAAGUAAUAGUAGAUCAUUAUGCUAGUAAGCUCGCCUUUAGGACUGUGAAAGUAGGUCUGGAACAAGCAGCCAGGAGAAUAAAGCAGAAGUAUAAGAGAAGACUUCUGUCCUCACAACAAUUGAGGAGUGACAAUGGGUGCAAAGAACUUUUCAAAUUUCUGACAAGGGAGGAGACACAAGACACCGGUCCCUACAGGAGAGGCCAUGAUCAAAGAAUGAGCAGAAGAGAUUCCAGAGAUCUGGAAAAGUUUGCAGAAUCAGUUGCCCAAAAUAUCACAUAUGAAGUCACACAGAAAAUGAACUCAGCUUCUGGUAUGCAAGGCCUAUCCAAGUCUCUGACAGACUCUUGUCUCUAUGAAAGGUCACAGCUGGAACAGAUGGCUGAAGACCUUAUUAAGAAGACCUGGACCUGCUCGAUACAACCCAUUGUCCAGAGAAAUAAACACUAUCACAGCAUGGGAAGUUUAAGUGAUUAUGGAUACUGCAUUGCCAGCACCAAUCGAACCUUUGAACAUUAUGUUGGAAAAAAUGCUGGUGAAACUCUCCAUUUCAAAGCAGCCGGGGAUGAUGGGGAUGUUUUGGAUGUCAGCAAACAAAAAGAAUGUUUAAUGUAUGCUGAAAAGUUGAGAGGGGUUGUUUUACAGUGCUCCUCUGCAGAAAAGGAAUCGAGAAGUUACAAUAACAGGUUAAGUUCACAGACUGGUGGAUUCUGCCCCAAACAUGCCACGGGGCAUGCCAAUAAACCACUUACAAGGCCAGAGUGCUACGUCAAUGGAGCCUGUCAACUUGAUGUACCAAGGAUCCAUAUUGACUUGGAUCAGAGGGGAAUUUUUCCAGAGGAUUUGAUGUCCGUAGCCAUUGAGAAAGCUAAGAGUAAUACAAGCCUGGCAGCAGACAGUGGAAUUGGACAGGAUGGUGCAAGUUUCACUGAAAGUCUUGCUGCAGAGAUAAUGACUUCAGCCAUGAUCAAUGCCAGUCAGUCAAUCACCAGCAGCAGUUUCAAGGAUGGAUUGAGGUCAACUGAUUCUGCAACAACCAGCCAGCAGCUUAGCCUCAGUGCUGGUGAUGAUAGUACUGGCAGUUGGUCAAAUCUGAGCUUUGAAGAUGAACACCCAGAUGAAACAAGUAGCUUUCUGCAUCUCAGUGACAGUAAUGGCAACAGCAGUAGCUGGAGCAGUCUGGGGUUAGAAGGAGAUAUAUAUGAGGAGAAUAUAUCCUUUCCACCAUCCGAGAGCGAUAAUAGUGAAGAUAAAGAGGAGGCAGUGCCAGAAGUUUCUGAAGGUCUGAUAUUGGCAAAGGAGACAUUACUGAUUCUAAACGUGGACCUGGAACCCAGUAACCUUGAUCCUCAGCUGCGAAUGUUGUUGCAGUGGAUAGCAGCUUCACAGUUUCAAAUACAUUUGGUUUAUUUCAAAGAAUCUUUUGAAGAUGAACUAUUGAAUUUUCUUGCAGUGGUGAAAAGAGUGGAAAUGAGGGACUGGAAGAUCUGUGACCUACUUCAGGCCGUGCUGAAAUAUUGUAGCAUGAGAGAGCAAGACCCAGCUGGAGCUCACUGCAACCACACUCCUCUCUUUGACUGGCUGCUGGAAAGUACAUAAAACCUUGUCCAUAUGCAAAGAGCAAUGAAUGUCAGUGUGUGAAGGGUUGUCAGCUUUGCACUAGCCAAGUAUCAUCAACUGUACAGGUUGCUUAACAGAAAUAACUCGAUGGCUGGUGUUCUUUAUGGUGAUUGGCUUGGCAGCUAGUAAAGUUUCUUGUAAACACAGAAAGAAUUUUGACAUGAGGGCAAAACUAUAUAUAUAGAUAUGUAUGUGUGUGUGUGUGUGUGUAUAUGUAUGUAUAUGUAUAUAUAUAUAUAUAUAUAUAUAUAUAUACAUACACAUACAUACAUAUAUAUAUAUAUAUAUAUAAAUUGUAUAUAAUAUAUAGAUAUAAUAUCUAUAUAUCACCAAACUAAACAAUUAUAAACAAAAUGUGCUGGCUUUCCUCAAAGCUGUGCCUACUCUGUCAAGGCAAAUUGAAGCAGGAAUUCUGCAACCUCAUAGCUACAGAAUCAGAGCAAUUAUAAAGGAUAGAGUGCCAUGGUAGUGCAGUGGUUAAUGCGACGCUAUUAUACCUGGGGGCAUUGGAGUUCAAUUCAGUGUCUUCAGUAAGAAAGUUUGUACGUUCUUCCAUGUGAGUGUGGGUUUCCUCCCACAGUCCAAAUACAUACUGGUUGAUAGGUUAAUUGGUCAUGGUAAAUUAUCCUGUAAUUAGGCUAAGGUUAAAUCAGUGGGUUGGCGGACUGUGCAGCUCAGUGGGCUGAAGGCCUGUCCUGCACUGUAUCGCUAAAUAAACAAAUUCCCCGCUCUACUGUGUGAACAGUUAAAGGAUGAAUAAUGUCAUUUCCUCAAAAGUAUUGAGUUCUUCCAACUAAAUUUUAUUUUUAAAGUUGUUCUUUUUAAAGACCAAUCUUGCAGGAUUUUUACACUUGCUGUCUCAGUUCUGACAUCAGUUCUUUCAGUUCUGGACAUUGAAAUGUUAACUUUGAGGUUGCAGUCAAAAUUUAACUUACAAAUGGUAGCAUUUCACUGGUUGGAUUUUGGGUUCUGACUGUAGCUUACUGUGAGAUGAUGUGAAGAUCUGCAGUGUCAAAGAAGCUUUAGAAAUUUUGCUUCAAAAAGUCUUAAAUUAAGCUCUUUGUUUAGAUUGACCUUAAAGCUCCUACCAGCUUUUAUCACCUGCAACACUCUUAAAGACGGAUAUCACUAUUUAUCAGUAUCUAGCCACAGAAUAAUCUGACAGUUGAAGAAUUGAAGGAGAAAGUAUUUCCAAAAGAUUGUUUGGUGAGGAAAGAUUCACCUUGAAAAUGGUUCCUGGCCUUCACUACCUGGUGCUUUAACAGUGAAGGCAAAUGUCAAUUACAAAUAUGAGGUUUGUGCUCAUGAGGGAGCUAGUUUUGUUAACAUUGUGCAGUGUAAUUUGCACUAAACAUUGCCAAUAUCUAUCCAAGUAUGACUAUUCUGGCCUAUUUAUUAAUGUGGUGUUCAGCUGCUAAUAGAAGUUCACUGACUAAUCUGAUGAACCAUGGGCAGCCUUUCUCGAACCAAGGUUUCAGAAUUGCCCUCUGCACACCAGUUUUGAAAGAUCCCAGUACCGGAAGUCCAGUUCACAGUACUCCCUGUUUACAAUGUGGAAUCUUGCAAAGAUUGUCCCUUUGGUUUCUCUCAGUUUGUUUGAACAUAAAAUAUAGAACUCAGAGUUGUGCCAACAUUUUAACCUACUCUAAGAUCAAUCUAAUCCUUCCCACCUACAUAGCUCUUGGUUUUUCGAUCAUCUUGUGUGUCUAUUAGAACAUAGAACAGAUUUUUUUUGUCUGUUUGCUGAUAUAGAAUCUCAUUGAUCACUCCAUAAUCCUCUCCAGUUAAACAUUUUUCUACAACACAUUCAAAAACUGCAGAAGAUGUACUUUAUUACAUUUAAAAAUUUUAAGACUACUCUCUGAGUUCAGCAUAGGGUGACCUGGGCACUGUGGUAUUGGAAAGUUGAGCAAGUUCUUUCCAGAAAUCACACCCUCUAUAGUCACAAUACUCCAGUUUCACAAGGAACAACCAUACAGUCCUCCUGUUGGUGAUGAACGGGAUGUGACAACGCAAAGACUUGUUCAAAAGUAGCAAAAUCCAUUUAACAUAAAUCCACACAUCCAUUUAACUAACAUCCUGCAAGUAAAUCAAAUUAGUCUUUUGAGAGAAACAAAAUUUGCCACUGGAUAUUGCUAUUUUGUAUGGUAUAAGCUUAUAAGAACUAAAUUCUCACAGGCUGAUCUUCUCCAGGAACUGCACAAAACAGCAGGGAGAUCAUGUCGGCCUGAAUAUUGGGUUGUGAAUUGAAAAUCCAAGGUUGCUUCUGAUUGGGAUGGGAAGGACCAGACCAUUAUACAGGAACAGGACUCAGUGCGAGGGUUGCAGGAUUAUUUACCAGCUGUACAGUGAGACACAUCUUGAAACUUGACCCAAUUUCUGCCUUUAGUUGCAGAAAUAUGGCUAUUGGAAGAAUUAUUAACAUAAUGCACAUAAUCACCUUAAUCAUACUGUGAUAGUAAUCUGUGUUUUUCAAGUGAAAAUCCUGAAGGCCACCUAGCAGUACUUUUCUCCCUGUAGGAUUAAUAAUCAUUCCAACUUUUGAAUUUGUUUUCAAAUUUUAUCUGCUCCUUACAUGGUAUUGCCAGUAUUUGUCACAUCCGCUUUGAUUUCACCUUACACCAGUGCUUUUCAAUGUCACUGUCAUUUUUUCCAGCUUAUCCUCACAGAGUACACCAUUGAUUGUAUGCAUGCAGCUUUGUAAGCUGGUAGCAUUCCCAGCAUAUUGCAUUAAUAACCUGCAGUAGGAAUAGUCAUUGCAGAUUUAAAUACUUGUAUACAAUUCACAAGGCACUGCCCAAGAUUUCCCACUAAUGUGACCUGUUACUUGCUGGGGUAUACCAGCUUUUCCCUCUGCUGUUCAACAAGCCAUGGAUAGGGAGGCUGAUGGAGUAGCUGAAUAUGCAGUUCUGAAACUAACGCAACCAAUAGGUACCCCCCCACCCCCCGACAACUACUUUAUUUAACACCGGAUCCUUUAACACAGUGCUUUUAGUAUAUUCAAAUGACUAAUUGAAUAAAAGGUUUGCUCUUGGUUACACAGUCACUUUAUGUGUGUGCAUGUUCCUCCAUCCCCAGUCUCUGUUUUUAUCCCAGUGGUAAUUGGUGUUGCCAUUUUGAUGACCGAAUGAAAAUAUUAAAAUUUAACCUUAUUCUAUUAGUACUUAUUUUACUACUGUGCAGUGUUAAUUCCAUCAUAAUUCACAUGCUAAGGUAAAUAUCAAGUGUGUGAUGUCUGAUAUUUGUAAUCCCUAAUCCUUUAUAUGAAUUUUGCCAAAAAAAAAUAGAGCAUUGAAGUUCAUUAAUUUACAGCAAUUUGGUGUCCGGUGUUCUUUCAAGUGUAAAAUUUGUUAUCAGAUUAUAAGCUGCAACUUGCACUAUUAUUGAUGUCUGUUUAUUUCUUAAGCAUUGGCUAAAAAAGUAAACGGUAGAUCAUC